AUGGAGGACAUAGAACAGCACUUACGCAAUGUCCACAGUGAUCCUUCACGGGAGGUUCCACUGGGUGACUGUUCAAGGCUAGAACCAGAAGACCCACCAGAAACUCUUUUGGACACAAAGGAGCAAUCAUUGUCUGAGGUACAGCACGUAGUGAAGAAAGCGAGGACAGGCUCAGCCCCAGGCCCGAAUGGCAUUCCUUAUCGUGUCUAUAAGAUGUGCCCUGGCAUUCUUCGGAAACUAUGGACCCUACUUAGAGUUAUUUGGAGAAAGGGCAAAAUCCCGGAUUGCUGGAAGAGAGCGGAGGGAAUAUUCGCCCCAAAGGAGAAGGACUCGAAGGAUAUUGGUCAGUUCCGGACCAUUUCUCUGCUCAACGUAGAGGGGAAGAUAUUCUUUGCAGUCCUAGCCAAGCGACUGACAACGUUCCUUACUGACAACAACUACGUUGAUACGUCAAUUCAGAUGGGUGGAGUUCCCGGAUUUUCAGGCUGCGUCGAGCAUACCAGUGUUCUCAGCCAAGUGAUCAGGGAGGCACGAGUGAACCAUGAUGACCUGACUGUAGUGUGGCUAGACCUUGACAACGCUUAUGGAUCAAUACCCCACAAGUUGAUUGAGAAGGCACUUGAGCAGUAUCAUGUACCAGAACACGUUUGUAACCUGGUAAAAGACUACUACAGAGGCAUUAAGCUACGCUUUGCUGUGGGAGACAAGACAACAGCAUGGCAAAGCUUGGAGAAAGGAAUUGUCACAGGAUGCACAAUCUCUGUGGUCCUGUUUGUGAUGGGUAUGAACCUCAUCAUCAAUGCGGCGAAGAGAGAGACACGUGGUCCAAAAGCAGCAUCAGGAAUCUACUUACCUCCAGUUAAGGGAUUCAUGGAUGACCUCACUCUGACAGCAAAGACCCACAUCCAAGCAAGGUGGAUGCUUUCGGCCCUAGAAAAGGCAGCAACUUGGUCCAGAAUGAGGUUCAAACCCAGAAAGUCCAGAGCACUUGUUAUCAGGAAAGGCCAACCAACCAAGAAAUUCAAUCUGACAGUGCAAGGUGAGGACAUACCAUCGAUAAUGGACAGCCCCAUUAAAUGCCUUGGGAAGUGGUAUGAUGCUACACUCCAAGAUGGGAACAACAUCAAGCGCAUCAAGAACCAGCUCACUGAAGGGCUGAAGCAGAUUGACAAAAGCGGACUACCUGGCAAAUUCAAGGCCUGGUUAUUCCAGAAUGGACUUCUCCCACGACUGAUGUGGCCACUGAUGCUUUAUGAGGUGGCAACAACAGUGGUGGAAGGACUGGAGAGAACCAUUAGUAGGCAUUUGCGAAAGUGGCUUGGCAUACCACCCAGCUUCAGCAACAUUGGACUCUAUGGACGAUCAAAUCAACUACAGCUCCCAUUGAGUUCGUUGGUGGAGGAGUACAAGGUGGCAAAGGCCAGACUUGUCAUGACGCGGAAGGAUUCAAGGGAUGACAUGGUCCGAAGAGCAGGUGUUGAGACCAGGACGGGAAGAAAGUGGUCCGCUAGCCAGGCUGUAGCGCAAGCCGAGAGCCGCCUGCGACACAAAGACAUUGUGGGAACAACGGCAGUGGGAACACAAGGUCUGGGCUCUGCGGAGACGAGGAGUUGGAAGAAGGCGGACAGUAGGACAAGGAGGGAGAUGGUCCAGGCAGAGGUACGUCUGGCCGAAGAAGAAGAUCGAGGCAUAAGGGCAGUGGCAAUGGGGUGCCAGGGUGCUUGGACAAAGUGGCAGACUACAGGAAAGAAGAUGACAUGGGCGGAUAUCUGGCGUAGCGAACCUCUGCGCAUCAGUUUCCUGCUCAGGUCAGUCUACGACCUGCUACCUUCACCAGCAAACCUGCACAGAUGGGGAAAACGUGACGACCCAACCUGCCCACUUUGCGGAAAGAUAGGCACGCUAGAACAUACACUAUCAUCUUGCCAGACAGCCCUUACACAAGGAAGAUACAGGUGGAGACACGACAAGGUCCUCCAAGAACUGGCAGACAUAGUGGAAAGGGAGAGGCGAAAGAAUAGGACUGUGAAAGAGACCAGAAAGAUGCAGUUUGUAAAGGAAGGGGAAACCAUCAAGAAGCAGCAGGCGCAAGCAGCAUCGAUCCUAGAUCGUGCGCAGUCAUGGGAGAUGGCUGUUGACCUGAAACGCAGGCUGGUUUUCCCAAGUGUAGUCCAGACAACACAACGCCCCGACAUGGUGAUCUGGUCGGCAAAGGACAAGUGUCUGGUGAUGGUUGAACUCACAGUUCCUUGGGAGUCGCGCUGUGAUGAGGCGAUGGAGAGGAAAACACUCACCUAA